AUGAGGUCAACACCUCCGCCUGAACCUGUCCCUCCUGAGAUCACUUCUGAAGUUGCACCCAUUUCAGUAUCCCCAGGACAGCAGACCCAUACAACUGACCAGAAGAUUGAUAUUACGAUACCGCCACAAUCAUCCCCUGUUGAUCCCGUAAUAUGCUCCGCACCUCGUCCAGCUCAUCCCGCUCGCUGUCACCUGGGUGGUGCGUACUGCUUCCCAAAAGGCUUUUCUCGCCUCCCAAACGUCCAUCUUCCAUCUGGGCAGCUGUUUGAGUGGAUUUGGGCUGUGACACCAAGCUGUGGCCUUCAUAAAUUCUAUUCAGCGGGAUUCAUGAACGUUCCCCGCGAGAACGACAUUGACAUGACCCAGGACUUUGGCGUAGCGGUUAUCAUCUUGGCCAUGACCAUGCCCAAGCAGCAUGAUGUUGGAAUGUGGGGUCUUCGCAUUUCCAAGGGCCAUCUCCGGAUCAUUUAUUGCAACGCCCUGAAUCUGAUUUUCAUGUCCCCGGGCUCGACCGCCGCUGCCAAUUGGUCCACGCAAACCCUGACCGCUGCUGCUUCGACACCGGCGCCGAAAUUCCAGACGCCACCCCAGAGGUGGCGAGGAUUGACCAUAGAGGCAGCUCAGUGGUUUCAAACGAUCGUCUCGAGAGCCAUCAAGCAGUCUGUGGAAGCGUCAUCUAUACGUCUUCUCAGGGCAGAGAUCUCACGUGCGGACAUUCCUGAGGAAGUCCAUCGCCUGGAGAUGCAGCGCACCGGUGUUGAAACGAAGUACAAGACGCUCGUGCGCAAGCGGUGGCAGCUUACGGGCGCCCUUGAUGGACAUCUGGAUGACCCAGAAUUUUGUGAUCCUAUGACUGCUGCACGGACCGUGGAGGAGCUUUUUGAAGUGUCCGUUGCUCUUGACCAGCUCACUGACGUGCUCCAUACUGUUGUCGUUGUCGAGCAGCUAGGUCAACUGAAGAGUUUGUGUGACGUACACUUUGCCAGUGCCCUUGCCAUGGCUUUGAGGAAGGCCAAAGCCAACGGAUCCUCAUCAAUACACGAGGUGCGCACCACCCCAGAGCUUGACUGCUAA